AUGCCUGUCACAUGCCUGCGAGUCAAAGACUCUGACAUGCCACCGGCGUUUUUGGAGAAGGAGCGGCAGGCUCAGCCAUACCGGCCACUCCGGCUGGCCUUCUACGCUGCCGUGGCCGCUCUCUCACUCAUUGCAAGCGCCAUUUCAGCCGCUGCUUUCUUCAAUGUUGACCCAGCUGUGGAGCUUCGUGACAGUCUGGAUCUUCCCAACCCGAUAGUGAGUGCGGCUGUGUGCGGCAUAGGGGUGGGGCUCAUCAAUCAAGACGUCAAGGAUCGAGCCAAGGAGAGACGCAAGAUGCUGCGAGAGAUGCAGCGGUCUGAACGGCGGGCGAUGAAGGAAACGUCCAAGGCUCAGAAGAGCAGAUUGCCUCCGGCGCUCGCAAGCCGCGCGCAAGAGGGCGGCAGGGGCUUUGCGGACACCACUGCGGACCGAGGCGCUGACGACACCGAGGCGGUCGGUGCAGCUGCUGCCAAGAACGAAGACGCGAGCAGAGUGUCAUCUGACCAGCAGCCCGGGCCCUUGAGUGGGCUGCAGAAGCUGGUUGACGAGGCAAACGAGCAGGGGAGGGUGCAGGCGUAUAUGCUCAAUGAUGCUCUCGAGAAAAGGGGAUUGGUGAAACCUCUGGAGAGGGAAGCCGGUGGUGAGGGUGGGGGUAAGGACCCAAGGAAAGACCAGCGAGAGUAG